UUCGGCUCAGUAUGGACUCGGUUCUGUGGUGCUGUGAAUCGGACCGGCUGACUCUCCGAGCCCCGCUCGACCCGGCUCUCAGCGGCCGGCGGGCUCUGGACUCGCUUCUCCGGACCGAAGAGCGCUACCUGCCGUCCCCGCUGUACUUCAGCGAGGUGCAGACCGGCGUACAGCCGCCGAUGAGAGGCGUGCUGGCGAGCUGGCUCCUGGAGCUGUGUUGCGAGCACGCUUGCUCGGAGGAAGUCUUCGCGUUGGCGCUCAGUCUUUUGGACCGGGUCCUCUCUCUGGUUCCGAUGCAGAAGUCCCGGCUGCAGCUCCUCGGAGCGGCGUGCCUCUUCCUCGCCUCCAAACUCCGGCAGAGCGAAGCGCUCCCCGCCGACAGCCUGUCCCGCUACUCCGACCGCGCCUUCACCGCGCACGACCUCCGGGACAUGGAGCGAAUGGUCCUCACUAAACUGGGAUGGGACGUUGCCGCGGUGACCCCGCAGGACUUCCUACCUCACUUCCUGUCUGCUGUAGGUCUCUCCGCGGACGGAGAGGAUCAGUAUGGAGAUUUAAUAAGAAAACAUUGCCAGACGCUCAUCACCCUCUGCGUCAGUGACAUCACCUUCCUGGCCACGCCCCCUUCGAUUAUCGCCGCCUCCUGCCUAAGCUCCGCCCUAAAGGGGUUGGCCUGUAAAAGGGGUCCUUCAAACGAGCUGGGGCUGUCCAUUCAACUUGCCUGUCUAAUUAACACAGACCCGGAGAUCCUGCUUUUGUGCUCCGGGCUGAUAGAAGCCGUGCUGAGCGAGAGAAUAGGAAACGGAGAGAGGCGGAGAGGAGAGAGGGAAGGGAAAAACGAGGCGACGGAGGAGGAGGAGGUGGAGAGAUCAACAACGCCAACCGACUUCAGAGACAUCAACCUUUGAGGUGACGGAACCCAAGUCUCCCACCUCCCAGUCCUCUUCCCACUGAGCCAUCUGUGUAGCUAAAUAUCUCAGAAUGUAUCUUAUCUGUCUAUCUAUCUAUCUACAGUUUGUUCUGAAUUAUUUCUGGUCAGAUCCUGCCCCCUGGUGGAUAAACUCACACACUACAGCUCGGGCCAAAAGUUUUGCAUCACCUUUGUGACGUAAAUAAAAGAAGAAAAAACUAUAUGAACAUAAUUUGAGAUUUUAUUAAACAUCAUGUGAUCAAAGAAACUACUUUCUUUGGACUCGGCUUUCAUUGGACUCUACGAAGCUGAGGGAGUUCAUUCUAUAUAUGUAUAGAGGGGGAUGAUGCAAAACUCUUUGGCCAUAGCUGUACAUGAUAGAGGUCUUGUAUCGCUUGUGAUAGGAGACCGCAGCAUAAAGAACUACAGCUCCCAGCAUGCCUCGCCAUGGCCGCGGGUGCAGAGGCAUGCUGGGAGCUGUAGUCCUAUAACCAGUGCUGGAGCGAUUCACUGUGCCCUUUUCUUUAACCACUGGACCACACAGCCUCCUACAAUGCUUCCCUAUGCUUUACCAGACCUCUCUGUGCUUUACAAUGCUUCCCUAUGCUUUACCAGUCCUCUCUGUGCUUUACAAUGCUUCCCUAUGCUUUACCAGACCUCUCUGUGCUUUACAAUGCUUCCUUAUGCUUUACCACACCUCUCUGUGCUUUACAAUGCUUCCCUAUGCUUUACCAGACCUCUCUGUGCUUUACAAUGCUUCCCUAUGCUUUACCAGACCUCUCUGUGCUUUACAAUGCUUCCCUAUGCUUUACCAGACCUCUCUGUGCUUUACAAUGCUUCCCUAUGCUUUACCAGACCUCUCUGUUUUACAAAUCCAUUUAUUUAUUUAUUUAUUUAUUUAUUUAAUGUCUAUUUUCUUGUAAACUUUUAUC